GUUCUGUUAGAGGAUGUCUUUAAGCGGAAAAGAAAAGAAGCGAGGGCCAAACUGGACGAUAGAAGAAAGAAAUACGCUUAUAGAGCUAUGCCGGGCCAGUACAAACACACUCAAAAUGAACUGGGGAGAAGUGGCUGACAGGGUGAACAGUAUCGGGGGAAACUCCAGAGUCGCCCCUGAGGUUAAAAAGAAGUGGACUGAUAUGAAGAGCAAUGUAAAGAGGAAGGCGCAGCAAGAACGGACAGAAAGCAGGCAGACAGGAAAUGGGUUGAAGACUAUAAAUCUAGAUUCUUGGGAGGAAAUGGUAUUGACAACCAUUCCAAAGGUGUCAGUUGAUGGCAUUCCUGGAGGCGUGCAGUGCGGGGUUUCUUCAAACCAGGAAUCGAAUAAAGAAGAAGAAGAAGAAGAAGAAGAAGAAGAAGAAAAAGACAUGAUCCAGGGAGCAGCAGCUAAUGUGAAAGACCGCUCAUCAUCAGUAAAGUUUUCUUCUUGUAAUGCAACAGGGGGUUCCACAUCAAAUCUUCAACUGCGAAUGGUGAUGGCCCAGGAGCAACAAAACAGUAUUCUGUCAUCAAUAGAUUCUACAUUGAAGAAAAUGUUAGAAUACCAAAAAGAAAAAUCCGUUGACCUUCUACAUUUUGAAUAUUAAUUUAAGAAAACAUUCAUAUAAAAUUAUGUAUCGGUUUCUUAGACUCAUUGAAAACGUGUUAAGUUAUAUUAUUCAACUGGCCACAAUUUCUCAACACUUUUUCAAUCAAUGAGGUUACAUAACUCCAUAUUAUCCUAAAUACAAGUUAUGGCCCCUGAUUGACUUAGGUUAAAGUUUUAGGGCAGGUUAAAUUUUAGGGCAAGUUGGGAUUUUCACUUAAAACUCCAAUACCAUUCAUUCAAUUGACUUAAUGCUUCGCACAGAUGUUCAGAGCCAUCACAUAAUGAGGUUAGAUAACUCCAUAUUAUCCUUUAUACAAAUUAUGGCCUCUGAUUGACUAUGGAACUUAGGUUAAAGUUUUAGGGCAGGUUGGGAUAUUGUUUAAUAACUUCUAUACCCUUCAUUCAAUUGACUUAAUACUUCACACAAUUGUU